CACUAAACUCUUCAUCAUCGUCUUCCUCUUCCUCUAAACUCAAAUCAUUUUAUUACAGAAAACAAAAAAGAUGGCGUCUUUAUACAACCAAGUUCCUUCGGUAUCUGCGAUCUUCUCUCUGUACACGUCUUUCUCCGCCAUCACGAUGCUUCUCCGAACGAUCUUGAACGAGAUCGUACCCAAGAGAAUCAGAGAAUACAUCGCGAUGAAGCUCGUGGAUGUCUUCUCCUCGUACUUCCAGUCGAAUUUCACCUUCGUGAUCGAGCAGAGGUGGGAGUUCGUCGAGAACCAGACGUUCCGUGCGGCGGAAGUUUACUUGCCGACACGUCUCGCCGGACUUUCCACCGGAAAACUUAUGGUAGGUUCGAGCAAUCUCAAGAAUCCGGCGGCUUCUCCGAAGCUCGGAAUACCCGUCGACACCAAGAUCGUGGACGAGUACGAAGGGAUUCGAGUGGCAUGGACUCUGCAUUCCGUGGAGACCAAGAAAUACCUGCCCGAGAAAAGGUACUUUCAUCUGACGUGUAAGAAAGAGCACCGCGACAAGAUCAUGAACGAGUACUUGCCUCACUUGGCGAAACUAGCAAGGGACAUCAUGAACAAACGAGAGAAUCUCAAGAUCUACACUUACAACCAAGACCGGUCCAAAUGGGAAGGCGCCGUUUUCGAACAUCACACGACCUUCGACACUCUCGCCAUUGAAACCCACUUCAAGAACCUCCUCUUGGAAGAUCUCGAUGCGUUUUCCCGCGGAAAAGACUUCUUCAAGAGCGUCGGUCGCUCGUGGAAACGGGGUUAUCUCCUCCACGGGCCUCCAGGGACGGGAAAAUCUUCCCUUGUAGCCGCCAUUGCUAAUCAUAUGAAGUAUCAUAUCUAUGAUCUGCAGAUUCAGAGCGUUAGGGACGAUGCUGAGCUGAGAGAGAUCCUCACAUCGACCAAGAACAGGUCUAUUCUGCUCAUUGAGGACAUUGAUUGUAGCGCCGACGUUUCACGCAAGCGGGAAAGCAUGAAUUCGGAGGAGAAAGCUGGUGAGGGUGACGGAGAAGAUCGCCGGAGGAAGCGCAAGAAGAAGUAUUUUGACGUUGGGGUUACACUGUCCGGUCUGCUAAACUUCGUGGACGGGUUAUGGUCGAGCUGUGGGGAAGAACGUAUCAUAAUCUUCACGACGAACCACAAAGACAAACUCGAUCCAGCACUGUUACGACCUGGAAGAAUGGACGUUCACAUUCUCAUGGACUAUUGCACUCCGUUCGUGUUCAGGAAACUCGCGGCUCUGUACCUCAAAACAGACGGCCACGAACUGUUCGAACCCAUCGAGAAGCUUCUUGUCGACGUGAAUGCAACUCCCGCCGAGGUGACGCAACAGCUAAUGGGCAGUAAGAAACCGGAGAUCGCUCUGAGAAAUCUCGUGGAGUUUCUUGAAGAGAAGAAGAUGAAGAAGGAAGAUGGUAAUAACAGAGAAGAAGGAGGAGGAGAGAUUGAAGUUGCCGAGAACGGACAAGGGUAGAAGCAUUAUUGCAUUAUGUGAAAGCUUAUUUAAGCUUUGUUGGGUGGUUCUUGUAUUUGGUUUUUAGGGUUUUUGUUUUUAUAUUUUCUGUGGGACGACAUGGGUUUCUGAUAUGAUAUCCGAGGAUGCAGAAUGUCAGCCGAGAACCUGUCCGCACUUGCCUUAAUCAUCUAGCUCUUCAAUAAGGAAAACUACAACAACCAACAUCAAGAAGGAAAGAUAUCAGCUCUUCAAUAUUCUGUAAAUAUGCUGAUUGAUCUCUUACCAAAGUCAUUGCUUAUAUAGACGUUAGAACUCUCCUACAUAUAUGUAUGCUCUGUUCGAUAUUAAUAAUAUACAAGCAGAAAAUUCUUUCUUCA